GCGGCGAUGGCGGCGGAGCGGCGGCCGGUGCCCGGCCUGGACGAGUUCGCGGGGCAGAGCUGGAGCGCCUGGCUGGAGCGGGCCGGGCCGCCCGCCGACACCGGAUCAGGGUCAGAGCUGGAGGAGAAUGGGAAGAGCAGCAGCAAGAAACUGGACACCAUGACCCUGAUUAAGGAAGACAUGGACAUCUUCGGGCACUGCCCCGCGCACGACGAGUUCUACCUGGUGGUCUGCAACCACUGCAGCCAGGUGGUGAAACCCCAGGCCUUCCAGAAGCACUGUGGUGAGCCAAGGAAUUUGGGGAAUGGCUAUUCCACCCCACGGUGCUGGGAACAGCACUGGGAAUGCCCCCAGGGCUGGUUGUGGGGGUACAGCCUACGGGCAGGGAGGGGGCUCGCAGCGGUGCGGGCUCUGGUGUGGGCUAACAGUGGGGUUAUCCCGUUUUAUCCGUGCCAUGCCAUGCCAUCCCUCGUGGCAGAACGCCGUCAUGGCCCGCUCAGCAAGCUCUAUGCCCGUGCCGCCGCGUGCCACGUCGCCGUGAACGGGCAGCCGGUGCCUGGCAGGACCCCCGGAGCGGCCAAAGCCCUGCAGGAGAAGCACCCUGGUGCCCGUGGGAGAGCCCAGCCCCUCCCGGAGCACACGGACAAGGACAACAACCUCUGCUUGUUUGUGCCCGUGGUGAACCUGGAGAAGAUUCCCAGCAUUCCCAAACCGGACGGGCACGGGAUCAAGGUGCCCCCCAAAGCCGUCCCCACCAACUCCAAGGAAUCCCUGGGGAAACCCGCGGCUGCCGCGGUGCCCAAAGAGCCCCCGGUGCCCGCCGGGGUCGGGGGGGAUUCGGCCAUGCCGGAGAGCAUCCCUGCUCCGGGGGACAAGGAUGUGGGGGCCCCCAAACCGCCCCCCAGGUCCCACAGGAAGCUGGCGCGGAAGGAGUGUGACCUGAACCGGCAGUGUGGGGUGCGGAACCCCGACACCAACAAGCUCUGCACCCGCCUGCUGACCUGCAAGAUCCACUCGGUUCACCAGCGCCGGGAGGUGCAGGGUCGGGCCAAGGAUUUUGAUGUGCUGGUGGCCGAGCUCAAGGCCAGCACCCGCCGAGGGGACCCCCCGAAAGACAGGAGCCCCCCUGAGAAGGACCCACUGCACCUUGCCCUGCAGGACACCCCCCCACUGCUGCAGCCCCCCAGUACCCCUCCCUGCCGAGCCAGGCUGUCCCACUGCUUGCACCCCCCCAGGGCCCGACUUUCCUCUGCCAGUGACCCUGAGGAUGCCCCGGCCACCUCUGGGGAGGGCAGCAUGGGAGGUUUCCCCCUGCCCAAGGGGGGCAGCCGCGUGUCCAGUGAGGAGAGCGAGGAGGAGGGGGGCGAGGAGCCCCCCCGGACCCUGGCGCGCCCACCACGGCCUCAGGCGUUCUGCACCUUUGGGAGCCGCCUGGUGACCCCGGGCUGUUACGUGUUCGACCGACGGCUGGACCGGUUCUGCGCCGCGCUGGGCUCCAUGCUGGAGCAGCACCUCAGCGCGCACAGGUGGAGGAAGAUCCCUCCAGCCGUCGUCCCCCCUCUUCACCUCCCCGCCGCCCCCCCCAGCCCCGCUGCCCCCCUUUUCGGCCCUGCCACCCCUUCCCCGCCCCUCCGCAGCCUCUCUGCGGCCGGGGGGUGCCGGGUCCCCACCAGCCUCACCUACACCGUGGGGUCCCCGCCGGCGGCGGCCGCCUGCAGCCAGCCCGAGUGCGGGGGAGGGGGCACGCAGUCCAUCACCUCUCCCCUCCCCGCCAACACCCCCUCGCCCUCCUUCAGCAAACUGCCCCCCAGCAAGGCCAGCAAGUCGCCCCGGGCACGGGAGGCGCCGGGGAUGGACGCGGAGCCGCGGCCCUGGCAGCCGCCCCCCACGGCCGGCAGCCCCCCCUACAAACGGACCUGUCUGGGGGACAGCGCCAAGGGCAAAAAUCAGGGCUUGGCUCCCCCCGGCAAGACGAAACUCACGGCCCCGGCUUCGCCCUCCGUCGCCCUGGCGAACGGGAGCCCGCGGGUGCGGCGGCCGCCGCCCGGGCAGCCCUGCCCCGCCGCCCCGGAGCCCCGAGCGCCGCCGCUGCCCGGGCUGGGCGGCUCCCCCCGGGGGCUCUCCGACGAGGAGGUGAAGAGGCGCAAGAACGCGGCCACCUACUGCCGAGCCCUGAAGGCCAAAGCCGCGCCCGCCCUGCCCGGCCCCGGCGGCUCCGGGGGCUCCGUCCGCAGGAAGAAGCCGGGGACGCCCCCGGGCUUCGAGGAGAAGAGGAGCGCCCUGAAGUCCAAAGCCCAUUAACAGAGGGGUCACCGGGGGCCCCCCCUGUGUCCUCCCCACCUGGAAACGCCAGAAAACCGAUGAAGGGGGAAAAAAAACAUCCCAAGGAAACACGAAGGAAAAAAAUCCCAAACUUCCAGAAAAUACCUCAAAACUCUCAGUUCUGUUCUCUUGCUGCUAAACCAGCCCCGGGAGGGGGGGGCGGCACUGGGGACCCCCCCCGGACCUCCCGGGGCCCCGUCGGCCGCGGAUAUUUAUAAGAAACGGUUGUUGCUGUUUUUGUUCUUUUGUAAAAAAACAAAACAAAACAAAAAAAAAACAAACACAAAGA